AUGCUGGACCAGGGUAAGGACUUGGCUAUAGAAUGUAGACCAGAUUAGGGUCAGGGGGAAAGGUUCUCUGGGUAUGGCAGAUAAGUUUGAUGAAGGUCACAUGUCACGUGAUCCUCUAACUCUACCGUCCUUUGAUAUCCGACAGUAAUAGUCCGAAACAUGUUGUCGUGUCGUUAAAACAGUUAGAUUUCACAAUAUUUAUUUGGUCCAUAUCGUUGUGCUUGGCAGUUGUAGAAUAAGGAUAUAACAUACUGUCACAUGAAAAAACAUAGUGUAGCGUAAAAUAUCAGAACACGCUGAAAGUAUUUGUAUGUCGUGUGCCUGUGUUUCACCCCCCAAGCCUAUUCACUUUUUAAACAGAUGGGGUUUCUCUUUCAUCAACGCCUCAUUGAAGCAGCCAUCUUUUUUUUCCUGCUGUGGAGAGGAGAUGUGUCUCUCAUUGGUGAUCCACACAGCUCUGUUGGGAAUCUUCCUACAAUGCAAUGCAAGAGGAAGAAUAAAUUAUCCUAAAAUGAAUACAGAGCUUCUAAACUGGAUUAGCCCGAGGCAAGAGAACAGACUACCGGUGAAAUGUUCACAAGGCUAGUCAUUAUAAGCGACUUUAUUUGACGCUAAAACUAGUCAAUGUAGAGUUGACAAAUAGGUUGUACAUUAGCUUUAAGCUGUGUCACUGUAACAUUUCAUCAUAAUGUUUCGUAAUAUUUUGUAAUGUGUCGUAAUAUUACUCAUAAUUUGGAGCGGGAAAAUCCCUUUGGAAAUGUAUCAAGUACAGUAGCUAUUUUAAAUAGAUGUGUGUCCUUUUGCAGGGCUUUAGUUUUUUACCCCUCAAUGUAUGAACGUUAAAGUGGCUUUUCCUCUGGCUGGGGAUGGCCCAUUUUCCAAAUGGGAUAAAACCAAAACCAAUCACCUGACUGAAAACGAAAUAAUAUUGGAUGUAGGCGUAGUCACACAGCCUUACCCCUUCUCCUUUGAUGUUUACACAUCUGAAGGGUCUGGAUAGGUACAAGCACUGUGGUGGUGGAGCUUCCACUAUAUUGCUUCCAUUUUACAGAUCUGCAAACACUAAAUGUCUAGGGCCAAAGGGAAGGCGUAGAGAGAGAAUUGGGACCGGCUGACAGAGUGCUCAGACCACUUUUGGACCACCCACAUUUACCUCUACUGUAUACCUGUUCAGCCUCACUUUGCUUGAACCUCGUUCAGACCAUGCUCAGGUUGAGGUUCAGAGUCAUGUCCCCAUCCCUGAACCCUCUGCUCUGACCCCCGAGGGGAGUUCACGCCCUUCUGCUGUGUACGCGUGGGAAGGGAAGUGAGGAGCCGUGGAGUGGCGUAGUCAGCUAGCUACAGGCUCCGCUCAACUGGGUCGUGGGUAACAUGCUGCCAUGGCAACCACUAUUCACUGGCCCCCGGGCCAAAAAAUACUCUUUGCUUACUCUCUCUCGUUCUCACUUAAUCUCACAUGCUCUCUCUCUAUAUCUCCCAUUUGCUUCCUCUCUCUCUCUCUGUCUAUCUCUCUCUUCAUCUUGCUUUCUCUCUCUCUCUGCCCCAUUCGCUUCCUCUCUGAUUUUCUGUCUAUCUCACUCAAUCGUUCUCCUGCUCUCCAUCUCCCCCCUCUCUCUUACUCUCUUUCUCUCUCUCUCUCUGGCAUCAAAAGACAGUGGGAUGAACUUCUUGACAGCAGAACCACUGUACCGAAAGGGGUUUGUGAGAGAGCCUUUGGAGGCCCGUGAAGCUAUUCUCUCACUGCUGGUAGAAAAAUAGGCCACAAAUGAAAGACAGUUUCCUCUUUUGCCACUGUAAUUCUCCAACUGAGCCUCAUAGGCUUCCAUACUUCACUAAACGCAAAGGCUAUACUUAAGUAAUAAGGCCCGAGGGGAUGUGGUAUAUUGGCAAGGGCUGUUCUUAUGCACGACGCAACAGAGUGCCUGGAUACAGCCCUUAGCCGUGGUAUAUUGACCAUAUACCACAAACCCCCGAGGUGCCUUAUUGUUAUUAUAAACUGGUUCCUAACAUAAUUACAGCAGUAAAAAUACAUGUUUUGUCAUACCCGUGGUGUACCACGGCUGUCAGCCAAUCAGCAUUCAUGCUGCAAACCACCCAGUUUAUAAUCGUAAAUAUACCCAUAGUAGGUUUUUCAUACUCUGUCUAUCUGAAUGGGUUUAAGGUUGGUUGUAUUCUAGUGUCAGAUUCCACCCAAACAACAUGGGAAUCAUUGAAAGUGGAGAACUAGACAUAGCCUUGUGUCUGGUCUGAGCCCUCUGUCUAUAGCUGUACUGGGCACAUAGACAUAUAGCUUUGUGUCUGGUCUGAGCCCUCUGUCUAUAGCUGUACUGGGCACAUAGACAUAUAGCUUUGUAUCUGGUCUGAGCCCUCUGUCUAUAGCUGUACUGGGCACAUAGACAUAUAGCCUUGUGUCUGGUCUGAGCCCUCUGUCUAUAGCUGUACUGGGGCCCUGUAAUUGUAGUUCUCAUAUUUCACCCCAGAGAGAGCAGGGCAGAGUGAGAAAGAUGGACUAGACCUCGCUCUGUCACCUAAAUUCUCCUCCAAUGAAUAGCCCAUCGAUUUCCGUUCUAGUCCGCCGCGGCCGUCCGCUCAUGCCUGUCUGUUUCCCAUUAGUGCACUUUAACUGUGAUGAUAAACGCUCAGCUCAUCUGGCAUCGCCAUAGGCAGCCUAGCACCGGAUGAGGCCCCUAGUUUAAGGCAGGAAGUGGAGUAGUAGUGGACCAUUCCAUUUGACAAGGGGGCACAAGACUCAGGGGGCCCGACCUGUUUGUCCCAUUUCGACCAAUCCCUUUUGAGCUCUGUCAGGAUGGUUGUCUGUUCAGAUGGAAGUGGACCAUUCCAUUUGUCCUUUUGACUAGGGGCACAAGUCAAGGGAACCAGACCUAGUUGUCCCAUAUCGACCAACCCAUUUGGCGUUCCGUCAUUUAGCCUGGUUUUCUGCUGAGAUGGUAGGAGUUAGAGUAGUUAGUGCCCCACCACAUCCAUGCCUUGCCUUGGUAUUUCAUUAACAUUAAUGGGAUAGAGAUCCAUUAUGCAAUGCUCGCUCGGUCUCCGUGCUCUUAUGCAACCAACCAACGCCUCAUCCUGGAGUCUCAGCUUCUCGCUCAGCAGCAGUUGCUGCUUAGGUUUAACCCUUUGUGUUUUCUGGAUAAGCCAAUCUUAGUGCUGUAUGGAAGUAUUACUAUUAGAACUAGCAUGCAGACAAGAUUCUGUAGCACUCUAUUUCAAUGCCUGUAGCAAACUGUUGAUAUCCAGUUGAUGUUGAAGUCCAUAGUCAUGUGAAUCGUCAGUUAGAAGCAACACUAAUGAGGGUGACUAAAUGCUUUGGCUGAUAUUAUGGGAUGCCAUUGAUGUUGGCAUGUGGAUGUCAUUAACAGUCAACUCUGUCACCCGUCACUAUAGAAACGGAAUAGCCUAUAGGCCUCUUCUUUUUGGUCGGGGUCUGUUCCGACAUUCAUUUCAGCCUUGUCAAUUGAAAAAAAUUAAUAGCUACAGCUUCCAAAAUGGAAAACAUUAAAUCAGAAUGGAUUUGUUUAUUUGGAGAAAUAACUGUAAAAGAAAGAGCCAUAACACUCCUGAAGAAGAAAUUUGCCGGUCUGUAAUUACGAAGUGUGAGAGAUGCCAAUUGGAGCGGGUUGUCAUGGAAACAGCAAAGUGGCACAUGCAAGGGAAUGCAAUAUCUUCCCAGAGUAACGUCCCACAUUUGCAAUGCGGAGCUAUUUAUAACGGGCAGUUACAUAAGCCUCAACACUUGUGUUCAAUGCAAUGUGUUCUUUCUCUCUUUUUCCCUCUUAACAACACUGCUGUUGCCUCCUUCUCUAAGGAACCAGCAACCAUAGCACUGCCAAACCCGCUCCACUGCCUUCCACAAUGGUCGCUCAUUACAACCCUGCCCAUAACUCUUUACAAGCUUGUCACGGUGCACUGUCAAGGCAACGUCAGAUUUAAUGGUCUUGAAACAAAACAAAUAGAAUAGAAGUCAGAGUUUUGGGGAGUUUUGUAGCUGCCAUAGGCAAAGCAAAAUAUCAGGGUACCAUUGACUCACCAUAUGACACAGUAUUAUUUAAUAUAGCAUACCCCUCAUAACUCUCUCAUCCUGCCUGUGUUGAACUAGCAGUGUCCAUUAGAUGGUAUGACUGGGGGCUGUGCACAGAGGACUGGUCAGGGAUCUAGUCUAGCAAUGCAUGAAGUCAAAGGUCAACGCUAGCAUCUCGUGGUGCUAGCACUGGUUAGCAUUGAUUCUGUAUACGUUCUAUGAACAUCCAAUAGGAGAUCUGACCACUGUGUGCUGGGGAGGAUUUUAACUAACAGCAGUUCCACACAUCAGGGUCAUAUUCAUUAGGACACACUGUAGCAAAACGCGUUGCAACGGAAAACGAAAACAUGCUGAAAAUGAAAACAAGUCCAGGUAGUCCCUCCCUGUUUCAGUCUGUUUUCUUCCGUUUGGUGCCUGUGGCCUAUAAACCACUGCUCUGACAAUAAGUAGCAAUCAUUUACAGUACCAGUCAAAAGUUUGGACACACCUACUCAGUCCAGGGUUUUUCUUUAAUUUUAAAAAUUUUUUACAUUGUAGAAUAAUAGUGAAGACAUCAAAACUAUGAAAUAACACAUGAACCAAAAAAGUGUUAAACAAAUCAAAAUAUAUUUUAUAUUUGAGAUUCUUCAAAUAGCCACCCUUUGCCUUGAUGACAGCUUUGCACACGCUUGGCAUUCUCUCAACCAGCUUUAUGAGGAAGUCACCUGGAAUGCAUUUCAAUUAACAGGUGUGCCUUCUUAAAAGUUAAUUUGUGGAAAUUUUUUCCUUCUUAAUGCGUUUGAGCCAAUCAGUUGUGUUGUGACAAGGUAGUGGGGGUAUACAGAAGAUAGCCCUAUUUGGUAAAAGACCAAGUCCAUAUUAUGACAAGAACAGCUCAAAUAAGCAAAGAGAAACGACAGUCCAUCAUUACUUUGACAUGAAGGUUAAUCAAUACGGAACAUUUCAAGAACUUUGAACGUUUCUUCAAGUGCAGUCGCAAAAACCAUCAAGCGCUAUGAUGAAACUGGCUUUCAUGAGGACCGCCACAGGAAUGGAAGACCCAGAGUUACCUCUGCUGCAGAGGAUAAGUUCAUUAGAGUUACCAGCCUCUGAAAUUGCAGCCCAAAUAAAUGCUUCACAGAGUUCAAGUAACAGACACAUCUCAACAUUAACUGUUCAGAGGGGACUGUGUGAAUCAGGCCUUCAUGGUCGAAUUGCUGCAAAGAAACCAUUACUAAAGGACACCAAUAAUAAGAAGAGACCUGCUUGGGCCAAGAAACACGAGCAAUAGACAUUAGACCGGUGGAAAUGUGUCCUUUGGUCUGGAGUCCAAAUUGGAGAUUUUUGGUUCCAACUGCCGUGUCUUUGUGAGACACGGUGUGGGUGAACGGAUUAUCUCUGCAUGUGUAUUUCCCACCAUAAAGCAUGAGGGAGGAGGUAUUAUGGUGUGGGGGGGCUUUGCUGGUGACACCGUCUGUGAUUUAUUUAGAAUUCAAGGCACACUUAACCAGCAUGGCUACCACAGCAUUCUGCAGCAAUACGCCAUCCCAUCUGGUUUGGGCUUAGUGGGACUAUCAUUUGUUUUACAACAGUACAAUUAACCAACACACCUCCAGGCUGUGUAAGGGCUAUUUUACCAAGAAGGAGAGUGAUGGAGAGAUAGUAAGUAUAGACCGGAAGUAGAGGCCUGGGCAUUGUUGUUCACUAAUUUACUCCAAGUAGGGAAAGGAUGGUGGGGUUGAAAAGUAAUAAAGGGGAGUAUAUAUAUAUAAAAAUAAAUAAAAACAUGGGGGAUUGGAAGUGAUGCAGACAAUUACAUUGAUAGAAGAUACAAUAUAUCUGCAAUAUUAAGCUGAUCCAUUCCCCCCGAAAAAUAAACAAACAAAAAAAAAAAAAAAAAAGAAGGAGAGUGAUGGAGUGCUGCAUCAGAUGACCUGGCCUCCACAAUCCCCCGACCUCAACCCAAUUGAGAUGGUUUGGGAUGAGUCGGACCGCAGAGUGAAGGAAAAGCAGUCAACAAGUGCUCAACAUAUGAGGGAACUGCUUCAAGACGGGGCGGCAGGUAGCUUAGUGGUUAAGAGCGUUGUGCCAGUAACCGAAAGGUUGCUGGUUCUAAUCCCCAAGCCGACUAGGUGAAAAAUCUGUCGAUGUGCCCUUGAGCAAGGCACUUAACUCCAAUUGCUCCUGUAAAUCGCUCUGGAUAAGAGCAUCUGCUAAAUGACUAAAAUGUAAGACUGUAAAAGCAUUCCAGGUGAAGCUGGUUGAGAGAAUGCCAAGAGUGUGCAAAGCUGUCAUCAAGGCAAAGGGUGGCUAUUUGAACAAUCUCAAAUUUAAAAUAUAUUUUUGAGUUGUUUAACACUUCUUUGUUUACUACAUGAUUCCAUAUGUUAUUUCAUAGUUUUGAUGUCUUCACUAUUAUUCUACAAUGUAAAAAAUUGUACAAAUAAAGAAAAACCCUUGAAUGAGUAGGUUUGUCCAAACUUUUGACUGGUAGUGUGUUUAGAAUUAGACGUGCAUUAUUCAUGCCAUUGGUUAAAAGGGCUUUGUGUAUGUUUCUCUAUGAAGACAAAGGAGAGGGAACUUUUUUUAGGGGAAGUAGAGAGGAAGAUGGAACACAUGUAAUAUUUAACACUCCUGGGUGCUUGAGUGUGUCAAUUCUAACUGGGAAAGUUGCAAUGAUGAAGUGAAAACGGUUCAGAUAAGGUUGAGAUGGAUGAAGAUAAUGUUGUGGCUUUUGUUUGGAGAGAAUGUGACUACUGUAUCUGUCAACUUUACUGUAAAUGUGACUCGGUUGUAUCUGUCAAAUCAUUGUUUACGCAACACAGGUUAGCAAGAAUGCUAAUCCUCAAGGGUUUCAGGCUACAGCAUACAGUGAAUCCCUUUCUCAGUCAGAAAUGAUCACGUUUAGUAUUUAUGAAUUCGCUAAUUCAUGAAUAAUUAAGCAGUGACGGUUGCUCUCCAGGACGAAAACAUACAUAGUACAGUUCCAAUGUAUGCCUACAUUCUAAUGUAGCAAGAGGCCGAGUUAUAGGCUAAUGUCGCUCGAAAAAAUAUAAUUGACCCACUGUGUAGUUCUUUGCUCCUUCUUAGCAAGGUGCUCUCUGUCUCCCCCCGCAGGUUGCUUUGAAUGCUGCAUCAAGUGUCUGGGCGGAGUGCCCUAUGCCUCACUGGUGGCCACCAUCCUCUGUUUCUCGGGCGUGGCUCUGUUCUGCGGGUGUGGUCACGUGGCGCUGACCGGCACACUGACCAUGCUGGAGAACCACUUCUCCCGGAUCACCACUGAUCACGCCACCCUCACCAUCGUGUAAGUAGUGUGUGUGUGUGUGUGUGAGAGAAAGAUAACUCAUUUUCUCUGUUGUAUCUCCUAUAUGUCUUUACCUAUAUGUCAACCUUUACAGUUUAUAAAGGUAUUCAAUAUGAAUGUGCCUACCUUCACAUUCAUUCCUAUCUUGACUGUAUCUGUCCGAGCAGGAUCCAGACCAUGCAGUACAUCAUCUAUGGCAUCGCCUCCUUCUUCUUUGUUUAUGGGAUCAUCCUGCUGGCUGAGGGCUUCUACACCACCAGCGCCGUCAAGAAGGAGCUGCAGAGCCAGUUCAAGACCACCGUGUGCGGCCGCUGCAUCACAGCCACGGUGAGACAUGAAUACACACACCCGCCAAUAUGGUCACACACACAAAUACGGUCAAAUAUGCUUAAACACACACACACACAUACAUAAAAAUAUUGAACUCAUGAAUACAUACACACACACAUUCAAGGGCAUGCUUACAUGCUCACACGUACAACCGCACACAUUGCGUCUGUGACGUUCACACACAUACGGCUGUACACACUCAUGCAUUUAGGCGUACUGUCCCAGAGGGUAACUCUGGCACAGUUUGUCCUCUCUAGGCUGAUCAGUGUAAUCGCUGCAGAUGUCCAGUAACGUCAGCCUCUAAGGCCUGGAAGGCUGCUAUGAGGACGGUUGUAUUCUCCUGAGUGUCGUCAAGCUAACAAUGGAUGAAACUUUUGUAUCAGGAAAAUGUGGAUGCCGAUAUGGUGAUGAAGAUGAGGACGAGCUUGGUUAUAAAUAUCCUCUGUCAUUAGGUGAUGGUAAAGGCUAUGAAUGCAAUAAUGGAGAAUUAUACAUAGUAGAGUGUUAUGUUAGGUAUAGCAGUAGCAGUAGAUUUCAAUGACAAGGUUGACGAUGAUGAUGAUGAUGAUGAUGAUGAUGAUGACGAUGAUUAUGAUGAUGAUGAUGAUGACGACGAUAAUGAUGAUGACGACAAUAAUGAUGAUGAUGAUGAUGUCACUAACACCUCUCUCUCUUCAUCAGUUUGUGUUCCUUACCUAUAUCCUGGGCCUGGCCUUCCUGGGGAUCUUCGGCUUCUCAUCCAUCCCCGUCUUCCUCUUCUACAACAUGUGGACUACCUGUGCUGCCCUGAAGUCCCCCAUGGCCAACAUCACUGAUCCUGACUCCAUCUGUGUGGACGUCAGGCAGUACGGUGAGUGUCACUCAGUAACACACACACUGAUCCGUGUGAUUACAUGUCAACCUGGUUCAUGAGUUUAGGAAUAGGACCCAUAUUCAUAUGACGGCCAUUCUGCCUAUAGCAUCCGGCAGAACACGUCCAUGUAUGAGCCAUAUAUUGAUGAGUCAUAUCAGGAUAUAGCCCUGCAUAAGGGCCUAAUGCAAGGAGUGUGAUGUACGUCCACUUGGCAGUGGUAGGCUGUAUCUUAUUAACAUUAUGCCUGUGUUAUGGAUGCUGAUAACACAGCCUUUAAAUAUCUAUAGGGUGUUUAAGUCAUUUACUGCAUCGACAUCUAUAUCAUGUUUAUGACUAGAGGAAUGUAUGGUAUGUCAACCAUAUCCGUGCAACAUUACCAUCACCCUCAAGCAGUGCAUCAUCAUCAUCAUCAUCAUCAUCAUCUGUCCUCUUUAAUGGCAGAUGGUAUAAACAGAUAUACAUCAGAAUGAGAGGAUGCGUGAACAUUUACUAUCGCAUUAGGUCAACUCAAGUGAUAUUUACGACAAAUGCUGUACAAGUGAAGUGAUUGACCACUCUGCACUGAAUAGGGCCUGUCUUAAAGCUACAGUUUGGUCCUAACCGAUAUCUCUUGUUCCUGAUUGUCUAGGUAUUAUUCCAUGGAAUGCGACACCUGGCAAAGCCUGUGGAUCUACACUAGGAGACAUUUGUAGCACGAGUGAGGUGAGAACGGCAACCCUUCCUCCUUCUGUAAAGCUUUCUGUACAUCAUAUGACGGCCAUAUUAACCGUCAUGAACCUCAUAUAAUAGGAAUAUCAUAUAAACCUUCCUAUUCACCAAAAAAUACGUUUUAUACAUUUGUCAAAAGCGUAAGUUGAAAUAAUGCAAAAAUAUAACACGUGCUGUAGAUUCUUCAUCACUGUACUGUAAUUAUACAGAGGCUGAUUGUGGGAAAGACAUAUUUUAUGAAUGUCAAUCAAAGAAAGUAUCAUCACUAACCAGAGAUCUGUCUCCAUGUUUUCCAGUUCUACCUAUCUUUUCACCUGUACAUUGUUGCGUGUGCUGGAGCAGGCGCCACCCUCAUUGCAUUGGUAAGCUUUGGAUGCCCUAUAUCCCGAAUUCCCCAUGUUUGCAUCAUUUGCAUGAGUUGCCAUGGCACGCUGAUCUGUUGCCAUGGUAAUCCCUCCCCCACGCUUCAUGGUUCUGACUCAGUUUUCCUGAGGGCGUAAGUCUGCUCUAUAGCUUCUGGCUGGACACACACUGACAUGGGCCAUAGGAAAGAGCUCCUGGCUAACACACAUUUGCUUUGUGGCCAAUGGAGAGCAAUGCCUCACAAGACUCUGACCAUAUGGUAUUUUGCACCAGAGAUGAUAGAAUUAGACCUGUAUGUCAUCAUACAGUGGGGGGAAAAAGUAUUGAGUCAGCCACCAAUUGUGCAAGUUCUCCCACUUAAAAAGAUGAGAGAGGCCUGUAAUAUUCAUCAUAGGUACACGUCAACUAUGACAGACAAAAUGAGAAAAAAAAAUUUUCCAGAAAAUCACAUUGUAGGAUUUUGAAUGAAUUUAUUUGCAAAUUAUGGUGGAAAAUAAGUAUUUGGUCAAUAACAAACGUUUCUCAAUACUUUGUUAUAUACCCUUUGUUGGCAAUGACACAGGUCAAACGUUUUCUGUAAGUCUUCACAAGGUUUUCACACACUGUUGCUGGUAUUUUGGCCCAUUCCUACAUGCAGAUCUCCUCUAGAGCAGUGAUGUUUUGGGGCUGUCGCUGGGCAACACAGACUUUCAACUCCCUCCAAAGAUUUUCUAUGGGGUUGAGAUCUGGAGACUGGCUAGGCCACUCCAGGACCUUGAAAUGCUUCUUACGAAGCCACUCCUUCGUUGCCCGGGGGGGGGUGUUUGGGAUCAUUGUCAUGCUGAAAGACCCAGCCACGUUUCAUCUUCAAUGCCCUUGCUGAUGGAAGGAGGUUUUCACAUAAAAUCUCACGAUACAUGGCCCCAUUCAUUCUUUCCUUUACACGGAUCAGUCGUCCUGGUCCCUUUGCAGAAAAACAGCCCCAAAGCAUGUUUCCACCCCCAUGCUUCACAGUAGGUAUGGUGUUCUUUGGAUGCAACUCAGCAUUCUUUGUCCUCCAAACACGACGAGUUGAGUUUUUACCAAAAAGUUCUAUUUUGGUUUCAUCUGACCAUAUGACAUUCUCCCAAUCCUCUUCUGGAUCAUCCAAAUGCACUCUAGCAAACUUCAGACGGGCCUGGACAUGUACUGGCUUAAGCAGGGGGACACGUCUGGCACUGCAGGAUUUGAGUCCCUGGCGGCGUAGUGUGUUACUGAUGGUAGGCUUUGUUACUUUGGUCCCAGCUCUCUGCAGGUCAUUCACUAGGUCCCCCCCGUGUGGUUCUGGGAUUUUUGCUCACUGUUCUUGUGAUCAUUUUGACCCCACGGGGUGAGAUCUUGCGUGAAGCCCCAGAUCGAGGGAGAUUAUCAGUGGUCUUUUAUGUCUUCCAUUUCCUAAUAAUUGCUCCCACAGUUGAUUUCUUCAAACCAAGCUGCUUACCUAUUGCAGAUUCAGUCUUCCCAGCCUGGUGCAGGUCUACAAUUUUGUUUCUGGUGUCCUUUGACAGCUCUUUGGUCUUGGCCAUAGUGGAGUUUGGAGUGUGACUGUUUGAGGUUGUGGACAGGUGUCUUUUAUACUGAUAACAAGUUCAAACAGGUGCCAUUAAUACAGGUAACGAGUGGAGGACAGAGGAGCCUCUUAAAGAAGAAGUUACAGGUCUGUGAGAGCCAGAAAUCUUGCUUGUUUGUAGGUGACCAAAUACUUAUUUUCCACCAUAAUUUGCAAGUAAAUUCAUAAAAAAUCCUACAAUGUGAUUUUCUGGAAAAAAAAAUCUCAAUUUGUCUGUCAUAGCUGACGUGUACCUAUGAUGAAAAUUACAGGCCUCUCUCAUCUUUUUAAGUGGGAGAACUUGCACAAUUGGUGGCUGACUAAAUACUUUUUUUCCCCACUGUAGGUGGAGCUAAUGAUUUGUACAUCAUUUUUUUCAAAUAAUGAAGUGGUUUUAUCCAAUCAGUGUGGUUGUCAUUAUGUGAUGGCUAGUUUAACUCAGUUGAACUCAGUAAUGGGGUCAUGAGGCCUUGCUCAAGGCCUUUCAGCUACUCUACCAAACUUGGAUUGCUCAUCAGUGGGUGCGAGAAGUGACGUUUAGAUUCAGCACAUAGACGGCCAUUUGAAAUUGUGUGCGCUGUAGCAAUCUAACUUUCUUUAUAGAUGUAGAUAUAUGCAAUGUGAAGCAAUAUGAAGGUACAGUACUGCACAAUCUAGCCAGAUGCCACCCAAGAACAGCACUGGCCUCCCAAAGGCCUCCUGGUCAUUGACUUUGUUUCUCAGACUGUCUUCUCAUCUCUCCCUCCCAGCUGAUCUACAUGAUGGCCACCACGUAUAACUAUGCUGUUCUCAAGUUCAUGAGCCACGGCAACCGCCGCUCCACAAAGUUCUCAGAGCCAUAUUAGAGAGAGAGAGAAGAGAGAGAAAUUAUAGAAAGUGAAAAAGAAAGAUAGUUCAAGGAAGAAAGAAAGAUGAACAGAAAGAAAGACAGAGAGGGUGGGGAGGAGAGUAUGUACUGUAGCAUAUAGAGAAAUGUACACUACUGUUAACACAAUACAGAUAGAUCUACAGUAUGUGCCUUUGCUUCCAGCCCUAUUGCCACACAUGCCUUUAAACCACAUUGAGGGACUAGUGAGUGCAUGAUUAGCGAACAUGGCUGAGGUCCCUCACAAAAGUACUGAUCCAAUACAGUAGGGGUACAGUUCCUUGAGGGACCGCUAGUCAAGGCUAUCAGUUCAUUCAAGUAGAGCAGGCACAUAGCAUUAAGGAUGGAUAGAUUAUCAAUACAAAGGGACAGCGCAAGUGUAAGAAGAAGGGAAUAUUUGUGUUGAUGUGUCUAGCUUCAGAUGAAUACAAUAUUCUGUAGUUAUUCUAAUCGAAGGAUAUAGUUUUCUUUUCAAUGAGACUUUAAUAUCUUUCCCCCAAGUGCCAACUGUCUAGCUUGAAGUUAGUAUAUUUUAGCCUGUUUAGGCUCUUUUUGUGAUAUUUGUUAUGAAAGACGUUGUGCCUUUUUAGUUUAUGCAAAAUAAACAUAACAUGUGAAGGAAAACCAAGACCAUUGUCCUCUCCUUUUAGGAUAGAGUGACUGUUUGGAGAAAAUGAAUUCCCACUGACUUAGUUUUCUGUAAUUGACUAAUACUAACCUAGCCAACCUAACCAACAAAUACUGACAUUGUACAGUAGCAAUGCUAAUGUGUCUUGUUUGACAUCUGGUAGACUG